AGCCUGUUCGCGUCUUUCUGAGAGACGAUGGGAUGGUCAUAGACUGGUAAGGGUUCCGCUGAAGGUGGCAGGACGAACAACUCACGACCCUGCUUAUCCUGCAGGUCGAGUCCUAUACCAGUGAUGUCGGAUACCCUGCUGCCGCCUCGCCCGGCGGACAAUGCGACCAUGCCCUGCGACCGGGAGUCUAGUCCAGAAAUCAUCGAGAUAGACAAUCCCGGACUGCCUGCACCUCCAAACGGGGCGUCUCUGCCACGACGCAGCACCGCGAAUCCGAUAAGACCACUUAUAUCAUCAAAGGAGGAUGAUGAUACCGACGUCCUCCCACGAGCCAUACCAAACAAUGCACCCGCGCGGAGUGUGCGUGAAGCGAAUCCGGAAGUCCUUGAGAAUGGUCCCAACCAAGCUACGCCUCUCACGGAUGCGCUUCAGCCACAACGCAGCGCAGCGGGCCCAUUUAGACCAUCUGCGCUGUCAAUUAAUAGUAUGCACGCAGAGAUGCUCCCGCCAACCGGUCUUGAAUACACGCAAAACGGCCGGGAGGCGAGUAUAGACAUAAUGGACAUUGAUCAUCCCAACCAACCUGCGCCUCCCGCACAACACAGCACCGCGGACCCGUCAAGACCACCUGCAUCCCGAGAGAAAGCAAACGAUGUAAACAUGCUCCCGUCUCCUAAACCCCUCCCCCUCCCCCUUCCCCGACGCAGCUCGUUGAAGGCUACGAGAACAACCCAUUCGCUGCAACCGGACGCUGGGCAGGUCGACGACAAUAAUCCCGCGCCAGCCCCCCCAGCGGUGGAUCUCCUACAGCUCAUCCCGAACACAUCGCCACCCCCUCUCAGCGCGGAGGAGGCAGAACUCGAACGCGGAGCCCUCGCCUUCCUCCGGAACUACAUCCGCCUCUUCGACCGCGACCGCACCGCACUCGUGCGCGCAUACUCGCACGUCGCGACGUUCUCCGUCACGACGCACGACCCCUCGCGCCCGGCGUCCCUGCCCUCGCCGCGCGCACUCGCGCGGCGGCUGAGGCAGGGGCGGACGGACCUAUUGGGCGGUUUGCUGUUGUUGCCCGCCGGGCGCAAGUUCCUGCCUGAGGGGCCGAGGGGCGUGAAGUACGACGUGGUGUGCCUUGGCGCUGAGAAUAAGCUCGAGGUGCUGCUCAUGUGCUAUGUGGAGGAGACCAAGGACGAAGAUGGACUGGUUUGGGCCUGCGAUCAGCGGUUUGUUCUGAGGAAGAAGGAGUGGGAUGAUGUUGACAGGUCUACGGGGGGACUCUGGCCUUUAGUUGCUGUCUCACAUCAAAUGACGAUACGAGAGAAGAUACCGGAGCUGCCGCGACCAACUGCAUUGUAACACUUACUAUUAGCGCGUUCACUUGAUACUGUCCAUGAACGAUCGGACCUGUAGCCCACUCAUCUACAUUUUCAUUUUGUGUAUUCCUUGGAUCAACUGCAUCGCAUCACCGUUUUCAUGUAGCGUACUUGACCUGUCCAUGUCAUUGCCAAUGCACCCGCAUAGCCACGCAUACUUCAGACCAUGCAUCUCAUGCUCAGCUCUGUGGGAGACUCACAUUCCAGCCUAGAGUACAACAAUGCCUAUUUGAA